CCGGCUAAUAUUAUCAGACCAGUUCAGAUCACCAUUAUCACUUUCUUCUCCCUUCUUCCUCCCCCCUUUCCAUGCUUCUACAAACAACAUGACCCUAAAGGGCGGCACCAGCCAGGCAUGCGCUGCGUGUAAGUAUCAACGAAGAAGGUGUUCUUCUGAGUGUCCUCUCGCUCCUUAUUUCCCUCCUGAUCAACCCAAAAUGUUUCAGAAUGCACACAAACUGUUCGGCGUAAGUAACAUUUUGAAAAUACUCAAAACUCUUGAUUCCAACCAGAAAGCCGAAGCUAUGCGAUCCAUUAUUUACCAGUCUGAUAUACGUGACAAAUCUCCUGUUCAUGGAUGUCUAGGAGUUACCCAACAGUUACAGUAUCAUAUUUGGUUGGCUGAGGAGGAACUCCGUGCUGUUCAUGCUCAACUUGAGAUUUACAGACAACAACAACAACAACAGCAUCAUCAGAUUUCUAAUUCUUUACCCGAGCAUCAUCAUCAUAAUCAUCAUCAUGAUGUUGUUCCUUCGCAGUUAGAUUUGGGAAUGGCGCCUCCUACUAAUGGACUUUCUCUGUUUAAUCAUACCUCCAACCAUGGUUAUAGUGCGGCUUCCAUGGCGGUUUCUCACCAGCAUUCUUAUUCAAAUAACAGUAGUAAUGUUGGUUAUAACUCGGUUUACGUGGAUUCUAAGGAUAAUCUAUCGAAUCCCUUGUGGGCUCAACAUCAAUUUUCGAGUCUUAAUAACAAUAAUCAUAAUUCUAUGGCUAUUCAAUCCCAAAUGCUUGGACAUUUCUCGCAGCCACUUGCUGCUCAGCCAGAUGUUAUUCAAGAUUAUGACGAAAUUCAUCCAUUUUUCGAUACCAUCGAUGACCGGCAGUCUUACAUGGAUUCGAAAAAGGCUUACGAGUCAAGCUCUGAAGAAUCAUUGAAAGACACAACACAAUCUGUGGAGCACCUUGCAGAGAAUGAUUUGAAGAGUGCAGCUGCAUGUUUCAGUCUUACAAGUGUGAACUGAUCAGAUCAGAAAUAGCCAGAACCCAAAAAGAGAAAAAAAAAAAGAACAAAAAACAAAAACAGUUUGAUUCAAAUUCUUUAUUUAUUAU